CUGCUCUAGGAGGAUGCAGAGUCCCUGACUUCUGUCUGGACAGUGCUGAGUGGCCCUGUGCAGAUCACAUGCACCCUCCCAAAACAAAACAAAAAAACACUCUAGCAAUACACACCAAACUGAACAUGUGCAGAGUGUCUCCACAGAAUAUGCCUUAUCAGGAGAUAAGAGGAGGACACUGGAAGAAGGAUCAGACAACCUUUUUACACAAUGCAGAGGAUUAACCCUUAAGGUUCCACAGUGAGUAAAACAAGCAUGCUUUGCUGCAUAUACAGACUGAUUUUACUGUUGUGGGUUUAG